AUGAAUACGACUACUAUCCUACAAGAGAUUUUGAUUAAAAGAUCACAGCAGAAGAAGAGGACUUCUCCCUUAAACUACAAAGAGAGGCUUUUUGUACUUACAAAGUCUAUGCUAACAUAUUAUGAAGGUCGAGCAGAGAAAAAGUACAGAAAAGGAUCUGUGGAUAUUUCAAGGAUUAAAUGUGUAGAAGUUGUAAAAAGUGAUGGCAUUAUUCCCUGUCAAAAUAAAUAUCCAUUUCAGGUUGUAUAUGAUGCUAACACUCUCUAUAUUUUUGCACCAAGUGCACAAAGUCGAGAUCAGUGGGUGAGGAACCUGAAAGAAGAAAUAAAGAACAACAGCAAUAUAGUGGUAAAAUAUCAUCCUAAAUUCUGGACAGAGGGAAUUUAUCAGUGCUGCAGACAGACAGAAAAAUUAGCACCUGGCUGUGAAAAAUACAGUCUUUUUGAAAACAACGGAAUGAGAUUGGCCUCUCCGGUGCCAGAAAAAAGUGUGCGAAGGCCUCCACCACCUGUUCCUCCAGUUGAAGAAAAUGGCAACGAAGAGGAGGAGAUAGUGGUAGCAAUGUAUGACUUUGAGCCUACAGAACAUCAUGAUUUAAGAUUAGAGAAAGGUGAAGAAUAUAUGGUGAUUGAGAAGAAUGACAUUCACUGGUGGAAGGCCAGAGACAAAUAUGGGAAACAAGGAUAUAUUCCAAGCAACUAUGUAACAGGAAAGAAGUCCAACAACCUUGAUCAAUAUGAGUGGUACAGCCGAAACCUGAACAGAAGCAAGGCAGAGCAGCUCCUCAGAAAUGAGGAUAAAGAAGGUGGUUUUGUGGUGAGAGACUCCAGCCAGCCUGGCCUGUAUACAGUUUCUCUUUAUACAAAAUUUGGAGGGGAAGGUUCAUCAGGAAUAAGACACUACCAUAUAAAAGAAACAGUGACAUCACCAAAGCAGUACUACCUCGCAGAAAAACAUCUUUUUAACUCCAUUCCAGAAAUAAUAGAGUAUCACAAACAUAAUGCAGCAGGUCUCGUUACCAGGCUGCGUUACCCAGUGACCCCAAAGAAGACAACAGCACCAACAACGGCAGGAUUCAGCUAUGAGAAAUGGGAAAUCAAUCCCUCGGAACUGACGUUCAUGCGUGAACUGGGGAGUGGGCUGUUCGGGGUAGUGCGCCUUGGGAAGUGGAGGGCACAGUACAAAGUGGCCAUCAAGGCAAUUCGGGAAGGUGCGAUGUAUGAAGAGGAUUUCAUUGAGGAAGCUAAAGUAAUGAUGAAGUUAACGCAUCCUAAAUUAGUUCAGCUGUAUGGUGUGUGCACACAACAGAGACCCAUUUACAUCGUGACAGAGUUCAUGGAGCAUGGCUGCCUUCUCAACUACCUGAGACAAAAGAGAGGAGUUUUGAGUAAAGACAUCCUGCUCACCGUGUGCCAAGAUGUAUGUGAGGGAAUGGAGUACCUGGAGAGAAACAGCUUUAUCCACAGAGACUUGGCUGCCAGGAACUGCUUGGUGAGUGACUCAGGAGUGGUCAAAGUGUCGGAUUUUGGAAUGACAAGGUAUGUGCUCGAUGACCAAUACACAAGCUCCUCAGGGGCUAAAUUUCCUGUGAAAUGGUGUCCCCCAGAAGUGUUUAAUUAUAGCCGAUUCAGCAGCAAGUCAGAUGUCUGGUCGUUCGGUGUUUUAAUGUGGGAAGUAUUUACAGAAGGAAAAAUGCCCUUUGAAAAAAGCUCCAACUAUGAAGUGGUAACGAUGGUUAGCCAAGGACAUCGUUUGUAUCGGCCCAAACUAGCCUGUAAGCAGGUGUAUGAAAUGAUGAUGAUGUGCUGGCAGGAGAAACCAGAGGGACGCCCAACCUUUGAGGAGCUGCUUCAUGCAAUCAUUGACAUUGCAGAGGGUGAAGAUGCUUUCUGAAAAAAGACAACAGCAACACAAGCACAGGAAAGAAGCUGCUUUCCAGAGAUGUGGCUUCACCAUUUCUUUUUAAAAGCAUGAUCCUGUAAGCUUCUGAGUGCUGCUAAGCAAUGUGGAGAACC